CGUGAAACCCCAUAGCUCGCUUCCUAUUGGUUGAAAAUUUUGCAACAUUUUUUUCACUGUACCACAACGGGACGGCGGUUUUCUUUGCCGCUCCGUCGGUCACGUAGUGGCUUGGGCUUUCGUGUGGGUCAAGCAGUCAGUUUGUAAUGGGCCGGCCGGCUGGGCCCAAAUAGGAUUAUUAAUUUUCUUUUUCAAAGAUGGAUUUUGUUAUUUUUUUUGAAGAAAAUAAAUUCUCUGGAGCAAAUUUUUUUGGAAGUUCCAAUUUUAACUCCGGAGAAGAGAGGAGCAGGAGAGCAAGCGAGAUAGCGGCAAUGGGGUUGCAUAGUUAUUUUGGCGGGACGACCAUACAAACCCUGAAGAUGGCGGCAGUUCCGGCGUAUUCUCGCUUCAUCUUCAGGCCGAUUUCCAGAACCCUAGUAGCGCUGGAUUCACUUCCCCGCCAUUCUCCCAGACCUCCUUUUCCAAUACUGGUUCGAGCGCUUUCAACGGCCGCGGCUGUUCAAACAACUGCACCAAGUACUGAAAGCAUGGGAACUGCAACUGUGGCGAAGCCGCAGUGGAAGGCUGCAAUUGACUUCAAGUGGAUAAGGGAUAACAGAGAGGCCGUUGCUGAGAACAUUAGGAAGAGGAACUCCAAAGCCAGCUUGGAGCUUGUGCUCGAGCUGUACGAGAAAAUGCUGGCUGUUCAAAAGGAAGUUGAAAAGCUUCGCGGGGAAAGGAAUGCAGUCGCAAACAAGAUGAAAGGAAAGCUAGAGCCAUCAGAACGUCAAAAGUUCAUAGAGGCAGGAAAGAAUUUGAAGGAAGCACUCACUAGUUUGGAAGAAGACCUUGUUAAGCUGAGCGAUGAGCUUCAGCAAGAAGCGCAAUCUAUACCUAACAUGACCCAUCCAGACGUUCCGAUUGGAGGCGAGGAUUCCUCAGCUGUUAGAAAAAUGGUUGGCAGUCCACGUGAGUUCAGCUUCCCGAUGAAGGACCACCUUCAACUUGGAAAAGAACUUGAUUUAUUUGAUUUUGAUGCCGCAGCAGAGGUUAGUGGAUCAAAGUUCUAUUAUCUGAAGAAUGAAGCAGUUUUGCUCGAAAUGGCCCUGGUCAAUUGGACCCUUUCCCAAGUGAUGCAAAAAGGAUUUACACCAUUGAUAACCCCAGAAAUUGUAAGGUCGUCUAUUGUUGAAAAGUGUGGCUUUCAGCCUCGUGGAGACAAUACCCAGGUAUACUCGAUUGAGGGUAGUGAUCAAUGCCUCAUUGGCACGGCAGAGAUUCCUGUGGGAGGAAUUCAUAUGGAUUCUAUACUUGCUGAAUCAGUGUUGCCUUUGAAGUAUGCUGCAUUUUCCCAUUGCUUCCGUACAGAGGCUGGUGCCGCUGGACUAGCAACAAGGGGUCUUUACCGAGUGCACCAAUUCAGCAAAGUGGAGAUGUUUGUUCUAUGUCGACCUGAAGAAAGUGAUGCAUAUCAUGAGGAACUCAUUAGGAUUGAAGAAGACUUCUUCUCUUCACUGGGUUUGCAUUAUAAAACUUUGGACAUGGCCUCUGAAGACUUAGGUGCGCCUGCUUACCGUAAAUUUGAUGUGGAGGCAUGGAUGCCUGGUUUAGGGCGGUAUGGUGAGAUCUCAAGUGCAUCAAAUUGUACUGACUACCAAAGUCGCCGGCUAGGGAUCCGAUACCGUCCUGCAGAAUUUGCAGCAUCCACAAAUCCUAAGAAGGGUGGUAAAAGCAACCUUGCUCCGACAAAGUUCGUACACACUUUGAAUGCUACUGCUUGUGCCAUCCCUCGUAUGAUAAUAUGUAUACUGGAAAACAAUCAACAAGAGGACGGGAGUGUCAUUAUCCCAGAGCCACUGCGGCCAUUCAUGGGUGGUAUGGAGCUUAUAUUGCCCAAGCACACUGGUUAGCUGACCGGGUAACGAUCUUAUCGCAGAAAUUCCGUGAGUCAUUUCGGUGAGAAAGAAUACAAGGCUUGAAAUGUGAACCGGCGUGGAGUUUGAUCCCUGGGGGCUUUAUGCUUUGCUGGAGGGAGCUACGGCUGAAGCUUUUGGUUUAAGCAGUUCUGAGUUUUUGCUCUGUGCGAGGCCAAUGGUUAAGUUUGC